GACUUGAAUGCAGUUCAGAGGAAGACACGCAGGUUUGAGUGAGGGGCUGCGGUUCCCGUCGAGCGCAUUUCCUUCACCAAUCAAAACACUUCGCUUGCCUGCCAACCGUCCAAUGGAAUUCCUCAGGCAUCUUUUCUAAUUCAUCCCUUGCAUUUCCUUUCCAGAGUGAAAUUUCAUUUUUUUAAUAGAAAGCACCGACUUUGGAAGUGGGAUUUUCUCCCCCCCCCUCACUAAAUGCUUCCUUCUUGAAAGGUGGAGAGGACCAUCUAAAAUUUCUGGUGUUUCCCUUUGAAAUCAAACAGCACUCAGGAGCUGCAGAGGCAAAAAAAAAAAAAAAACCCUAUACCACAGGCGAAGUAUUUUGUAUGGGAUUCUUUUUUAACAGAUCAAGGGUUUUGCUUCCUUGAUCUCUUUUAUAUACUUUCUAAAAGACCCACCACAUUGGCCAGUCUGGCUUGAGCUUCUCAGCUCCAUACUGUCCGCCAUCAUGCAUCAGUUGCUGACAGUCAUGCUCUACGCAUCCCUGGAAGCCUUGGCUGGGCACACAGCCUUAGCUGUAGUUCAGGCACCACAUUAUACAAACCAGAGUUGGGGACUGCCCAGCCUACUAGCCCAUCUGAAGCGCUUGACAGCACCAAAUUCUAACUCAACCACUAGCACAAGCAGCAGAGCCCGGCCCUCUGAAACAUGCCAAGGCUACUACGAUGUCAUGGGGCAAUACGAUGCGACCUUCAACUGUACCACGGGGGGUUACCGGUUCUGCUGCGGCACCUGCCAGUACCGCUUCUGCUGUGACGAUCGAUCCAGGAGACUGGAGCAAGGGAAGUGUCGUGACAACCCCCAGUGGUUCGCAACCACCAUGGCUGGCUCAGCCACGAAUGGGCCCGAUGUACGCAAUGGCAGCAAGCAGCAGAGCAAUAGCACCGUGUACGUCAUCUGUGGCGUCAUCAGCUUCACCUUUGCUGUGGGAGUCGGGAUCAAGUUCUUUUUCAGCAAAGCCUCCAGGAGACCCCAUGGAAGAGAACUCAAUGUGCCCAGGGCUUUGGUUGACAUUCUCAGGCAUCAAGCAGGCACCACCUCAUGUUCUGAGCGCAACAACAGCCUUGUGAUGAACUCAAACUUCCAAGACAAUGGUUCAGCUCGUCCUCCGAAGAAUCUGUACAAUGCAGUGAAACCUUCCAAAAGUAGUCAUGAUAACAUGCAUCACAAUUACAUCCAUUUGAACGUCAACAGCCCUAAGCACCACACAGCCACUCUGGACUGGCACAUGAAUGAUACCCCAAGCCAUUCCUCAACCAAAUACAAUACCCUCAGCUGUUCUCGUUCAUUUCACAACCUCUCCCAUCUGCCUCCAUCCUACGAGUCAGCCAUCAAGUCAGAACUCAACCGUUACUCCUCACUCAAACGAUUGGCAGCGGAGAAGGACUUGGAUGAAUUCUAUGCCAAGCGGAGGCACCUUGCUGAGUUGACUCGAGGGACGCUGCCCUUACAUGCCAUGAAAAUGAACUAUGAUAGGGAUAGCUAUUCUGAGAAGUCACACAAUCCGCGGCGGGUCAUGUCACAAGAACACAUCCUUUCAGACGGUGGAAAUGGAGGGGGAAGCUACCGCCCGUCACAUUACGACUACACCAUUCCAAGAGAGCAUGUCAUAUCUCAUGAGCACCUUCUCUCCCGGGAAAACUUGCAUUCUCAGGAGCACUUGCUUUCUCCAGAGCGUCUCCAUCAACACACGGGUCCCUUCCAGGAAAUGCACCUGGGCCAUCAGAAGGCUCUUUCUCAGACCAAUGUCUGUGCCAGCAGCACCCCCAUGCUUGACCACCAUCACAUGAUGAUGAAAAACUCUCAUCCCGCCUCCAACAAUUCUCCCAAGGCAACUGCUCCUUGGGAGACUAGUAGUAGUAGUAGUAGUAACCAGGCAGCCGCCAGGCGCCAAGGCUUUGCUUCCAAGAGGCAAAGCACCAUUGAUCAAGUUCAGUUCAUCCCGGGGCACCACCCAACCCAACACCUUCCUACUGGCAGCAAGAAUGAGGUCACGGUGUGAGUUGUCCCUAUUCCCCAACUCAGGUUGAUUGGACUUUCCAAGGCCAUAUUUUUCUCCCUUUUUCUGAUUCACCCCACCCUUUAUUUGGUGCUCAUUAUCUUUUCUUGGGGUUUUCCCUCUUAUUUUAGUCUUGUGGCCUCCAUCUUGGUUGAUGUCAAGUCCUAGCCUGGUCUUUGCUAAUGGCACUAUCACAGUCUUCACUGACUUUUGAUUGGGUCCAUUUGACCUGCCAGGUCCUGACAAUCUUUGAUGAUGAUAUUGACUGCUGGUAUUUAAUAAUAUCAGCAUUACAGCUCAUGAUAAGAUGUGAGUAUAUCAAGGCCUGCUUGGUUUCAUAGAAGGCAUCAAUUAUGCAGUAUUAGUCAAUUUGUGAAGAUGUCAAAAUUAGUUGGGUUCAUACAAUUAAUGCUGCUACUAUCUCUUUCUGUGUCUGUUGACAUUGUGGCUAACCAGGUUUGGUAACACUGAAUUGAUUUUUAGUGACCAGGCCUAUGGAUCCUUCCAAAGCCAUGAAGAUAGUUUUGCAUAAGAUCAGUUACUAGGCCCCAUCAACCUUUGAUUACAAUAUUAGUUUUGUCCAUCAACAUUUGAUGACAUCAUUGCUCUGGGCCUUGUCUCAGAUUUUUGAAGACUGAAGACAUCACUUGUGGAUUUAUGAAGUUGGCACCCUUUGCCUCUUAUAACUCUAAGCGCUGUGAACAUUGCCAAUCUUAGUGAAUGCUCCAUUGACCAAGUGACACCAUCGACACCAUCAGUGGUGUCAACACUGUGGAUUCUGUCAGCUGCAGUUCAUAUAAGCGCUGUGGGUCUUGUUGGCCUUUGAUGCCCUCACCAUCAGUCUCUGAUGGUAUCAACACUGUGGACUUUUGUUGACAUCAACACUGUCUGACUUGUCAGUGGUAGAAGUUGUUAAUGGAGAAAGAGGUUUGUUAGUGCACUGGUUAUGAUAGAAUACUAUAGUGUGUCACAUGGACUGAUGAAGUCAGUUACAGUAUGUGGGUUCUGUACGGUGAAGGGCAAAAUCAGUCAUGUUGAUGUUGGAAGAGGCCAUGUCAACAUUUCAUGAUAGUACUGCCAAUCUUGAUAACUAAGAAUGCUAUCAAGGUUCCUGUGCCUGUCACAUUUUGAUGAUUUCAGCACAAUGGACUCAACCAAUAGCUACAGAUUUCAAAGUAGCCAGAAAUUGGCAACGAUGUUGACUUUUGGUGAUUUCAUCACUGUACACCUCACUCAUCAUUGACAUCACUGACUGUUUUCAGCUCAUCCACUUUGCAUGAAGCCAUCUCUAUGGGGCUUCAUCCUUUGGGGCUGGUUAACAACUUGGACCUGGUUCAUAUCGGCACUUUUGUUGAAGAUACCUGGUGCCCUUAGUGGUGUACAGACAAAGGUUAUUAUGAUCUUCUGAUGAUCUAACUAUCCCUUUGCUCAUACAGUGGUAAAGUGAAUAGAUGAGACCCCUCCCACCUCUUCCUCUUCCUUCCAGAUGCGCUGUAAGAAGGGAAUGGUGGCCAUCUUAUCCUGUUGUCUCCAGUAACAAGUCUGGUCAGUGCUGAAAUUGGAGGAGCUUGAGUAUCACACAAUACACAGCUCUUUGCCACUCUCACUCUAUCUUUGUUUUAUAAUGGGUCCAUAACUCUGAUGAUAAAGAUCUAGGGCGCAAUCAAGUCCACCCAUUCUGCUGUACAUAUCUUUAUAUAUUGCUUACAUUCCAUCGAUUUUUCUAGUGCUUUUUAUUUAGCUUCCCAUUAUAGGGGAUAUCCAUCCAUAUUGAAUUUGUGAGUGCAGUUUUUAAAAAACUCUGUUAUUUCAAAUGCAAUCAUUACAAGUAAACUUCAUCCUAAGCCUACCUGCUUUCUCUCCAACUGUGCAUCAUCUAUGAUGCUCAGGAUGCUUAAAAAAUCCUUUCUGCAUUACAUUUUUUGAAUGGUCUGUUCUUUCUUAAGCAUACAAAGACAUAAAAUGUAUGGCAAACUUCCAUUGGGUCAUGGUGUUUCAUUAAAAGUAAAAACAUGGAAGAUAAAAGUGAUUUCUAAAAAUAACCCCCCACCCCAACCUUAAAAUUAGCCCUUUGGAAUAUAUAUUUUAUUUUGUGAAUAAUUUUGAUAAAAGAACAUUUGCUUGGUUGAAAUUUUGCUUUCAGCCACUACUACUUUCAUUAGUUUAAACAUUCAUAUUCAGGCUUUUCUUAAGCAGAUCUAGGGCAGACACUGAGAUCUCAAUUUUAAAUAAUAGUUUAAUCAUCAUUGUACUUCUCAUAUGUAUUUCCAGUGUAGGAGAAAGAUACACAAGGAUUUGUAGGUUGAUUACUGUCCAGUGUUGGGAAAUACUCUUUUCCAUAUUGAAAACACCAGCUACUUCAGAUGUAACAUUAAACCAUAUUUCAACAAUAUGAGCCUACAUGGCUCUAUAAUUUUCAAUCUCUCUUCAAUCCCACAUUCCUUUCAGGACAGCUGGUAUAAUAAUCUAGACUUGUUUGCUUCUCUUUUAGAUUAACCAUAAUUUGCCAUAUUUUCAAAGCAGACUGACAAACUGUGGUUUCUAUUGAUUUCAUUGCAAAUAACCCAACUUCAGAUCUUAGUUUAUUUGCAUUUUCACUCACUGGAGUUUAAUGCUUACGUGGCAUACUAAAUUACAGUGGUUGUAUUCAGCUUAAUUGUUAACUAUGUUAAUGGCAUAGAUCACACCUAAAUCAAGAGUGGCCAAACUAGAUAAUUAUGUAAAAAACAGAGAAACUAUGUAAUUCACUUUGCCAAAGGAAGAGAAAUAUAGAAAGAAUGGAACAGAUGAGAGAACAUUACUUGUCUUUUUCUUAUAAUGCUACAUGUUGGUGUAAUGUUAUGGUGUAUGCAACCAUCAUUUAAAAUCUUUUCAUUUCCCCACCUUUGUGAAAGGAAUGAGUGUGCAGUACAAACAUGGCUUCUUUAAAAUCUUGGAAAAUAUUUUUAAGUGUAUAAGUCUGGUAUGAGGGAGAAUGAUUUUUUUAUGUAUUCCCCUCCCCCCAAAAAACCUCACUACAGAUAGUC